CGGUGCCAGAGCGCGGCGCAUCCUGGGCCGGCCGCUGAGGGAUGGCGGUGCCGGCGCUGCCUGCCUGAGGCGCUGGGCUCCUCCCCGCCACCGGGAGCCGUUCCCGCUCUCGCCGCCAUGACCGAGGAACCGUACGAGAAGUUCUUGGCCCCCGAAGAGCCGUGCCCGCCGCGGGGCGGCAGCUUGAGCCUGAGCGAGGAAGGCUGCUUGGACGUCAGCGACUUUGGCUGCCAGCUCUCCUCCUGCCACCGCACCGACCCGCUGCACCGCUUCCACUCCAACAGGUGGAACCUGACAUCUUGUGGGACCAGCGUGGCCAGCUCAGAGUGCAGUGAGGAGCUGUUCUCCUCAGUGUCAGUGGGUGAUCAGGAUGAUUGUUACUCUCUGCUGGAUGACCAGGAGUUCACCUCUUUUGAUUUGUUCCCUGAGGGCAGCGUCUGCAGUGAUGUCUCUUCUUCUAUCAGCACAUACUGGGACUGGUCAGACAGUGAGUUUGAAUGGCAGUUGCCUGGCAGUGACAUUACAAGUGGGAGUGAUGUACUUUCUGAUGUUAUACCUAGUAUUCCAAGCUCUCCUUGUCUGCUUCCUAAAAAGAAAAACAAGCACAGGAAUCUUGAUGAACUUCCAUGGAGUGCAAUGACAAAUGAUGAACAGGUUGAAUAUAUUGAAUAUUUGAGUCGCAAAGUGAGCACAGAGAUGGGCCUUCGAGAGCAACUUGAUAUUAUCAAAAUUAUUGAUCCUACUGCUCAGAUUUCGCCCACAGAUAGUGAAUUCAUUAUUGAAUUAAACUGUCUCACAGAUGAAAAACUGAAACAGGUGAGAAACUACAUCAAGGAACAUGGACCUCGUCAACGUUCUGCAAGGGAAAGCUGGAAGAGGAGCAGCUACAGCUGUGCAAGUACCAGUGGUGUGAGUGGUGCCAGUGCCAGCAGCAGCAGUGCCAGCAUGGUCAGCUCAGCAAGCAGCAGUGGUUCCAGUGUUGCCAACUCUGCUUCAAACUCCAGUGCCAACAUGAGUCGAGCACACAGUGACAGCAAUUUGUCCACGAGUGCUGCAGAAAGAAUCCGGGAUUCAAAAAAACGUUCCAAGCAGAGGAAGCUCCAGCAGAAGGCUCUGCGCAAGCGGCAGCUGAAAGAGCAGAGACAAGCUCGUAAGGAAAGACUGAGUGGAUUAUUUCUUAAUGAAGAAGUGCUGUCUUUAAAAGUGACUGAGGAGGACCAUGAAGGAGAUGUAGAUGUUUUAAUGUGACAGGGGUGAAUUUAUCAGUGUUCUUUCUAAGCCUUAAAUGUAUUAUCCUUAUUGUUUACAUAUAUUUCUUGACCAAAUUUUGGUUAGUGUUAACAGGAUAAACCAGAUCUUAUCUCAAGUGUAAUUUGGGUAGGAGGGUCUAAGUACUGAAUAACUUCAGCUUUUUGAGACUAAUUUUGCAACAAAGGCUUCAAAAACUUAACUGACUUCUGAAAAGAGGCUGAAUGGAUACAAUUAUAAGGAUAUUUGAACUUGCAAACAUGCUAACUUACUUGUAAGACAUUCUAGGGAUGCUUUUGAAUGACACUAAGCAUGCAUAACUGCUUCAGCUUUUUUGUUUUUUUCCAACAGCAUUAAUAUUACACUUGGCUUGUUCUGUCUUUCCCAUUAUUAGGUAGAUUUUUUAGCAUGAGGAAAAAACCAUAGUUCUAUAUUGCUUUCUUCAGUCUUGCUCUUGGAAACAUCUUAAAAAAUCAAAGUAGUGUGAUAAAACCUUUUCUUAAAGCUGUGAUUGAACUUGAACUACACAGAAAAGAAGGACAUCUAAUACAGCGAAUCUGUAACACACAGAAUGCCUCAUAAUCUGGUUCUCUAGGAGGCAAUUAGAAUUCAAAAUAACAGCUUCUAACCUUAGUCUUCAGAAAGCUAUUUUGCUGCUCAAUAUCUGAUAGCAGGAUUGACCACUACAUCCCUAGUAUUGAUGUGAAAAGAUUAAGAUAUAAAGAUCUUAGUGCAUUGAAAGCACACUAAUCUAUGAUUAAGUUGUCUAGUACACUACUUAAAAUAGUAAAAAAGCUACUGGAAGCAGAAGUGCAAAGAAACAGCACACAGCUUUGGUGGCUUUUUUUCCCCAGGAGCAAAUCUAAAUAGACUGGUGCUGUUGGCAAGAGAACUUAAUGCAGCUGUGCUUUUCUUAAUUGUGUGUUUGGCUGAGGAUGGGUCUUCUGUGUGGGUUGUUACACCAUGGCACGUUUCAGAAUUCUCCUUGUUUUGUUAUGUGCUUUUGGAAGUUUCACUUGCUAAGAAAACAAGUUAAAAUUGUGGCUUUCAGGUAGGGAAGUAAAAGUAGUUCUAACCUCUUUUCUAAUUCUGACAAUCUAUAAGGUGACUUCUGUCUUUAUCUUGUUAGAGAAUUCCUUUCUUGCACAGCUGAGAUAAAAUGGAUACUUCUAAACUCCAGUGUGAAACUUAAAAGAUUAUAGAAGUUUUUUCUAGUUCUGAGUUAAGAAAUAAUUUUUCAUUAUAGUGAUGCUUCUCAGCUUUCAUUUUUGCUCUUGUGAGUUAAGGAGUUUGGCAGUUUAGUGUGGCCACGGGUGUCUGUAAUUUCAGGACAUGGCCCUGUCCUGCAGAAUUGCAUGAUCAACUUUAUAUAAAUUUGCUCACAUUCAUUUUGGGUGUCCUGCACAACUGAAGUAGUUUUAUUUCAGAAGUGGCAUUCCUUGUAGCCUUAAAAUAAACUGACCAGUAAAAUAUCUAGUCAAACUAGUAUAUGUGAACUUACUCACUCCUACUGCUGCUAGGCAACAGGUACCCAGACUUGGCCAAUGGCUGAUUAAAAGAUACAUAAGAUAGUUUUAAAUUUAGUUGUUAGCUAUCCCAUGUGGCCAGUUAUUUGGCCACUAACCAGAAGUGACUGUUACCUGUCAGUAUUUGCUUGCUCUGCACUGUAGCUGCUUGAUGGCUCCCUCCAGUAGAAACAGUACCAAAAACUUCUUAACAGUAUGUAAGUUACAAGAAUUUAGACUGACUGAAAAAUGGAGCUUCUUUCAAGUACCUUGUUUGGAGGAAAAAAUUGAAUUGCUGUCAGUUCAGCUGAUUUCAGGGUGCAGCUGUUGAACUCUUGCAGCUUAUCAUGGCUGUAAUGGAUGAAUUAAUUAUGAAACGUGUACACUGUCACCAUGGAGUGCAACUUUUAUUUUCUGCUGUGACUUUGAAUAGUGAACUAUAUUUUUUUUCUGAAGAAAAUGUGCACUUAAUACUUCAGAGAACUGAGAUUCCAAAAUGAAUAGUAAGAAAAGUGCAAUAUCUCAGCGUGGUGGAGCAUGAAAGUAUUAUCACUUUUUAUUCUGUUUCAGCAGCUCUUCAGAGUUUAAAAUCCCUCAGGCUUUGUUGAGAGAAGACCCCUCAUUAUUUUGAUGAGGUACAUUUCUUGGUCAGCUUCUAGAGAUCAUGACAUGAGAGAGGAUAGGAGUCCCAUUGGGAUCUUGGUGUGAGCAUGUAAGUAUAAAGAUAGUGGAUUUCCAGGGGUCCAUGGUUUAUAGCUCUGUAGUUUCAUAGUCCCAGGUUGCUUGCAGCCUAAGAAUACAGGACUCUGAAUGUUCUCAGAGAAUCAGGCCUGAAGUAGCUGUGGGAUUCAAGAGUUCUCAUAUACUUCUACAUAUUUGGCUUUUUUUUUUCCUUUCCCCAUCCUUCAUAGAACUAAUGACCCCCAUUUUCUGGAGGAGGGAGGUGUCAUGGACAGAUUUUAUCUCUCCCUGCAAUAUGCUGAGCCACCAUUCAUGGAGAUACUGUGUACAUGUGGCACUUGGGGACAUGGUUUAGUGGUGGACUUGGCAGUGUUAGAGUUGUGGUUGGACUCAAUGAUCUUAAAGGUCUUUUCCAACCAAAUUGAUUCUAUGAUUCUGUGAAUUUGUUUUGGAUACUCAUGGCAUUAGUCAAACAGUUGGAAUUUUAGUUAAACAUGGUCUUGCUGAUUUGAGUGGUUGGCCAUUGUGGUUACUGCUUUGUUUCACAGGAGGUUAUCUGUAGAUUGCUGAGUUCAGAUAGAUACAUAAGAGUAACACUGCUAAAAUCAUGCCUUCUUAUUAGUGCUUUUUCAAGAAAAGAAUAAAGUUUCUGCUUUUUAUUUAGAGAUAAAAAAUGUCAAGCUAAAAGCAAAACAGAGACAGACAGAAAAAAGCUCAUAGUUGUAUGGUUCCAGAUGAGGCUGUGCAUCCAGGUGCUUUGUACCCACUGUAAUAGGAAUGUAAUUGAUUUGCACUCUAACAUUAAUGGUUUGCUUCCAUGGUAACUUUUUCUGUAAAAAGGCUUAGAAGGAGCACUGAAAGUCUGGUUGCAAUUGGACUGUAAAUAAUAGAGAACAUUCUUUUCUAAUAUGAUUUUAAAUAUGAGGAGGAAAGCUAACUGCCUGAUAAACCUGUCUAAUUUUUGUGUGUGUAUCUAAUGUCAUCCUUUAUUGCUUUUAAGAUAUCUAUUUUUCUUUAUCUGGAGUACUGAUUAAAAGAUGGUUAUAGUAUAUUCAGUAUGGGGUACUUACUAAGAAGAGCAAGUCAAGUAUUUGCAAGAUUUUCCUGGGCUUUAUUUUUAGUUCUCAUUGUGGUUUGAAACCUGUGAAGAUCAUUCUCUGGAGAAAAACAAACCAACCUGCCAACCUGCUUGAACUUAUUCAUAUGCAUUUACCUCAGUGCAUAUUACAAUACAGAAACAUAUAAAAAUGGCAAUAUUUACUGUUCAUCUACGCUGCAUGGCCUGAAGCCAUUUCUUUUCUCCUAACACUUUCAACUUUGAAAGCAGUUGAUACUUUGGUCUAUAAAUAUUAAUAAGCUUGGCUGUUUUGAGGGGCUCUUGAAGUUUAUUCUUGCAAGCCAGAUUUUCAUGGCAAAUAUUGUUAGAUUUGUCAGUUUAAUGUUCCUUAGGUGACUCAUCUUCCAGUUCUUGGGCACAGAAAAGACAGGUCAACGUGCCAUUUUCCAUUCAAGGUCUGCAAAGAAGGUUUAUAAAUCUACCAAGGGAAAAACCUGGUAAUACUCAAAACUUGUCUGUUUGGCUAUGAACUCUGAUUAAUCAUAUUUUCAUUCUCUCUCAUCUGGCUAACUUUAAAACAUUUCAAAAUUGCAAAUACAUUCUUCAAAAUAAAAAAUGCUAAUGUUGAAGCCUUGAUUAUAAUUCAUAACCAAAGCAAGGGGAAAGUGGGGUUUUGUGAGGGUGUGGGGUUUUGUUGUUUGGUUUUUUUUUUCCUCUUUUGGAGGCGAGAUGAGGUAUGGAUCAGGGUAUAUGGUACUGCUUGAAUUGAGGUGUUUUCUGGGGCGGUUUUGUUUUGUUGUGUUUUUUCCUUCUUUUUUUUUUUUUUUUUUUUUUUCCCCCCCAGGUUCUGUGCUAAUUGUAUUGCUAAAAUGCACUUUUGUAUAAAAACCUGUCCUCUGUACAUUCUGUAUCUACUUUCCACAAUGUUUAUAGAGAUUUUUCUGAAGUCUUGAAGGAUUUACUGAAAGCUGCAAUGCCAGUGACUGAUACUGUUGACUUCAAGUUUUCAUUGUAUUUGAAAAUAGUUAUGUGCAUAUUGAAGUACAGGUUGGAAUUAAAAUUGAUGACAUAGCAAAGAUAUUCUCAUGAAAUGAUGUGGUAUCCUCUUCAGAGCAGAAUGAUUCCUAUGUAGGGCUUGGCAUACUUGCUGUUCAGGCAGGAAGUACAAAUAAAGUGGCCUCUGUUCUUUGUGAUAGAAAGCAAAUCA